AUGGUUGCAUUGAUUCCGCCACCGCGUCUGACUCACAGUGGAUCUAUGUAUGUGUUUGGGUAUGUGCUGUUGGCAGUGGUCUGCGAUUACCCCGGCGUUGUUACGCCCCACGAUUUGCCCUUGGAGCUGGGUAACAUUCUAGAAGUUCUGGAAGAAAAUGGCGAAUGGCUGCGGGGCCGCUUGAGCCAAGGCACUCGCCUGGGCAUUUUUCCUCGCAACCACGUCCAAUUCUUCGACUCUGCAAAAGAUGGAGGGCAUCGUGGGUCCCAGUACUCACUGCAACGCCAAGAGCCGCUCAUUCAAGAGGUGGCCACGGUUCUUUCCGAGUGGAAUUCGCACCUCAAACGUCUUUACAUGUCCGAACACUUGCAUACCUACGAGCAAUUGCGAAAGGCCGUGGAGGAGCUGGUCGCGCUCCGGAUGCAGUUGAUCCUGGGCAAUCUCCCCAUUGAUCAUGCCAACGCUGUCAAGUCCAAGAUCACGGACAAGAUCGACUGGGGCAACCAACAAUUGCAUCUCGACCUCAUCCCGCGUGACAAGACAGGCGCUGUCAUGACCCCGGAAACCAGCGGUGUGAUGGAAUUGUACCAUGUGCACAGCGAGACGGCAAGCAUUGAGCGCAGCGCCUCCGUUAGCUUGGGCAACUAUCGUCGCAACACUCGUGCUGCGUCGGAUCAUACCCCAACCGUGACCACGCUCAAGCAUCUGCUGCUCAAGCACGUCAUUCUCAUCUGCAGCACCGGCGAGCCCCUUGAAGUGUCAUAUCGCCUCUAUGACCCCAAGACCAUCUCGGGCGACGCUUCGGAUAACAAGGCGUCAAUUGGUGGCUUUAUCAACGAAGGCUUUCGCGUUGCCAUUGAUCGAGCUGGUGCGCCAGAGGGUUAUGACGACUUUGAACCUCCCUCGACCGUGUUUACAGAGCUGUCCAUGCAAGCCGGUGAAACCGAGGGCACGACCGUGCCUCGGGAUCUGUACCUGGUGGCUCACGUCUGGCGUCGAGGCCAGAUGGACCCUUCCAAGGCCCGGGGAGAGCAGGCAUUCCUGCGCCCGCUGGGCUGCGCGGUGCUUCCCCUACGUGGCUUUAUGACACAGAAGGAGUCGGAAUCAGAGGUUGAACACUCGCUAGAUCUUUACCGCUUCACUGACGAGAGCCAAUUUUCCAUGAUGCACGAGUACAUCAUCAAGAAGGAUUCCAGUCGCAUCGCCCGCCUCGAUCAGUUCAAGGGCUUUACCGUCAAGCUUCGUCUGCUGUCGGGCUCUUUGGAGCAAGUGCGGAAGGAGAACCCCCUCGUUUUCAAAAACCCCAUUGCGCCACCCAUUGGCUUUGGCGAGAUCAUCAGCAACGACCCGCGCAAUGACCUCUACGUCACACUGCUCAACGCCGAGUUUGAAAAGGGCAGCAAGACGACCCCGCGCAACGUGGAAGUUGUCAUGACUGUGCAAAAACACGACGGGAGCUCGGUCCCCAAUUGCCUGGUGGUCGGCGCUGGUGCCGAACCAGUGACAGAGUAUCGCAGUACCAUCUACUACCACAACAAUCAGCCCAUCUGGAAUGAAACAGUCAAGGUCAAGGUUGAUUUGCGGGACUUUCAGAGCGCUCAUAUGAAGUUUACCUUCAAGCACUGCUCGUCAGGCCAAGACCCGAACAAGGUGGUUCCUUUCUGCUUUGCAUUUCAGCCUUUGAUGGAGAAGCAGGACGGUAUUGCCAUCAUUGAUGGCCCUCGAGAGCUGUUGGUGUACAAGUAUGACAAGGCAUACGACGUUUCGGGCAAGGGCCUUUACCUUGCCAAGUCUCACGAACUCAAGCGUAAUGUCAAGGAUCGCUUUACCAUUAGCACGCUGCUCAGCUCCAACAAGCUGACGCAGAACAGCUCGCUACUUCAGUUGCUCCGCUGGCGACAAACGACGGAUGACAAGGCUGAAAAUCUCAAAGCCGCGCUCAAUGGCAUCACCUACGGCCUGGAGGCCGUUGAUAUCGUCAAGUUCUUGACAGAGAUCUUUGAUGCUGCCUUUGGCAUUCUUGACAAGUUUCCGCAGUUUGCUGAAGAUGUCUUCCGGGCUAUUGUUCAAGUGCUGUCGAAGACGGAUACGGCUAAUCGGCUCUCCAGUUUCAAGACAGUUCUGGACACAUACAUCCGCAAUGACUUUACCAACCCAGGCGUGCAUGAGCAUAUCAUCAAGCAGCUGCAGAACCACAUUGAGAAAGCUCCAUCCAACCCGGAAUUUGCACAAAACCUCCGCACUGCCUUGAAGCAGCUUGAUCAUCUGUUCAAGUUUAUCAUCCGGUCCCGCAAGAUUCAGCUUCGUGGUUUGAGUCGCCAAAACCGUGGCCGCCAAGGCACUGCCACGGCCGAUCACUCUGCUUUCAAAGACCUGCUUUAUGCUUCUUUUACGGCCAUCAACAACAUGAUGAUUCUGGAGGAGAAAACGCUCGUGGGCACAAAGGACUUGCUCUUGCAACGCUAUGCCUUUGUUUUCCGGGAGUUGAGCGCCGUUUUGUCUUUGGGCGAGCUCGCGCAGAUUGCCAGCGAAUUCAUUCAAAGCGUUAAUGACAAGGCCAACGAUAAGCUGACGAUCCACAAGCUCAACUUUAUCCGCGAUCUCGUGGAUAGCGACAUCUACAACAAGCGUGAAGGCCGUGCAAAGUUGAACCCGGUGCUGACGGACAUUGUUGAGACUUAUCUCAACAACUCCACGCCAGACCAGCUUGAGUCCGUCCUGGCAAUCACCGAUAACAUGCUGACAAUCCUGCACAAGGCACAAGACCGUACGGAUGAGGACGUCAUUGAGCUGGCGCGUUCGAUGCUGAUGCCAUUGGCACGCAAGUGCUUGGCCAAAAACGUCACCACCGCACACAGCCGCAGCUAUUUGACAGCCUGUCUGUGUGCGCUUCUGCGUCUCAUGUCCACCGUCAGCUUCCAGCAUCUGUUUGAGGAGCUCAGCACCAGUGAGCUGCACGAUUUGUUGGAAAUUCUGUUCCAGGCCUUUGACAAAAACCUGCAGCAAUCCAAUUUUGCACGCGACUGGCUUGUGAUGCGCCUGGUGCUGUGCGACGUGAUUUUGGACACCAUCAAGUGCCUGUCAGAUGCCUUGAUCAGCAAGUUUGGCGACGGACCAAACUUUGAUCUCGGCCUGUGGCAACUCUGCUUCCGGGUCUGCAAUCAGUUUGUGAUUCAAACAACCCUCCAAGUCGAGCUCUUCUCUGAGAGCAAGCGCAAAAAAGUCUUGGCCCACCGAGGUGAUCGCCGAGAGCUCAUGGCAAACCAAGUGCUACUCCUAUGGAACACGCUGGGACCCAAGAAGCAAAACUUCAUCCCCGGACUGAUUGGCCCGCUGCAAGAGAUGGCCUUGGUGCCUUCUCGGCCGGUUCGAAAGCUGCUGAUCCCCGUCUUUUUUGACAUGAUCCAACACGAGGUGGCUGCCGACGGGAACUUUGACAACCUGCAGCAGGAAAUCAUUGACAAGCUUGACUCCAACGUCAACAACAAGGGCUCGGGAGAUCAGGAGUACGGUGAUCUCCUUGAGCGUACUCUCAUGACACUGACCGAGAGCAGCAACAACGCCGUCCUGACGGCUGAGAUGCCAGCCUUUAUCAAGGACGUGCGGCAGCUGCUGGAUCUUUUGCUCAACCUGCGCGACGUGGUGAGCGGUAGCAACCAUCACCGCGACCAACUGGCAGGCUGCUACGUCGAGUUGAUGCACUUUUACAACAAAACCAAGCGCCGCGACAUGUACCUGCGCUCAGCAGCCAAACUGGCCAAGAUUCAUCGCGAGGAGGGCCAACACAUUGAACGCGCCUAUGCCCUUGCCAAGUUGGCAGACACGCUGGAGUGGAACAACACCAAUGUGCCCGCUCUGAAAGACAGCGACGGCAAGGAGGUGUAUCCUGCUCAGACGGCGCGCCAGCGCAAGACGUUGUUGUACAACGAGAUGAUUGACGCGUACAACGAGGGUGAAGCCUGGGAAAAGGCUUUGGAAUACUCGCGAGAGCUGGCCCAUCAGUACGAAGACGAAAGUUUUGAUUACAAGGCCCUCUCCACUUUGCUGACCAAGCGUGCCAGCAUGCUGGACAAGAUUACCGUUGGCCGUCGGGUGGAGCCUCAAUACUUUCGUGUUGGCUACUGGGGCAUGAGUUUCCCAUCCAACAUCCGCAACCAAGAGUUCAUCUAUCGUGCCAAGGACAAGAAUGACCACAUUACCACUUUCUGCGAUCGCAUCCAGAGCGAAGAGCAGCGGAUCAUGAUCUCCAAGGUGCAACCUGAACCCAGCGACGUACUGGGACGCUUCAAGGGAACAACGGUGCCCCCGGCUUUGCAGGCUUACUACAAGCUGAAUGAGCUAAGCCGCUUUGUCUUUGAGCGUCCGAUCCAAAAGAACAAGAAGGACGACAACGAAUUUCGCAAUCUCUACGUUGAAACCAGCAAGUUUGAAACGGCCUGCACGUUGCCUUGUGAGCAACCCCGCGCCCGCAUCAUCAACACGGAGAUUUUGACCAGAGGCCCCGUUGAGAACGCCAUUGUCACGAUGGAAAAUACCAACGCGGACCUCCAAGCCAUCAUCAUGGAGCAUGCGCAGGACCCAUCUUUGAACAUCAACCCCCUGAGUAUGAAGCUCAACGGCAUUAUUGAUGCCGCUGUCCAGGGUGGCACUGAAAAGUAUCGCGAAGCCUUCUUCAGUAAUGAUUUUCUCGAAGCCAAUCCGGACCAGACCGAGCUUGUCGACAAGCUCCGCCAUCUCAUGGCUCGCCAGGUCAAGAUUUUAGAGCAGGGCGUGCAGGUUCAUGGCAAGAUGUGCUCGGCCGAGCUCAAGCCCUUGCAAGGGCGCUUGGAAGAGAUGGUACAGAAGAUGUCCGAAACAAGCCAGGCUGAUUUGAAGCAGGCCAAGUCAUCCUCGACUGCAUCCACCCCGCGACCCAUAUCGAUGCUGUCGGAUAGCAGUCGUCCUCGCUCUUCGGUUGAAUUGCGUGCCCCCCACACGCAUGCAGACCAAGCCGGUGCUACAGAGGCCCCGGCGCCAUCUGCCGGUGCAAGUAAGCCCACCACAGCGGCGCCUGCAAAUCCAACCCCGGCGACGCCUGCAUCGCAACCUAAAGCGGCCCCGGCCACACCAACCACACCGGCCACACCGGCCACUCAGCCAAGGGCGGCCAACUCUGCGGGGCCAUCAACGCCAGCUACGCCGGCCACCCCGGCGGCUCGAACCACUCCGGUAACCCCGGCGACGAAGCCAGUCGAGGCAGAAGCGCCUCCCAGCAAGCCUUCGCCCCCCAAGACCAGCGCGCGCCCCACCGCGGACGCAGAAUCAGCCACCUCACGUGGUGGUACCCCCAAAGCCGCACCUCCCCCGCGCCCCCCCAAACGCAACUCGUCGAUGCAAGAGGAUGAUGGCCCAUCCACAAGUGGCACACCGAACAAGCCUGCGGUUCCCACCUCGGCUAAGCCCAGCCCUGGCAUGUCUCCCAGCAACCCUUUUAUGGCUCAAGCGGGUGGCUCGGCUCCUCCUGUGCCAACCAAGGGCCCGCCCCCACCCCGUCCGCAGGGCAACAAGCCAAAACUGCCUAGCGUGAUGGAUGGCCUCAAGACGGCGCAAGCGCCACAGCCCGCCUCUCCAAAGACCAAUCCUUUUCUCGAGUCCUCCACUGAGAGCAAUCUCAGUACCUCCCAGACGAGCACGGGACCUCCGCCCCGUCCGAGGAGCAAAAAGCCCCAGGGGUUUUCCAAGCAAGCCAACUCAUCACGAAGUCAUUCUCUCUCUCUCUCGCUCUCUCUCUCUCUCUCUCUCUCUCUCUCAAACUCUCAAACUCUCUCUCAAACUCUCUCAAAUCUCUCAAACUCUCUCUCUCUCAAACUCUCUCUCUCUCUCUCUAAAUCUCUCUCUCUAGAUCUCACUCUCUCUCUCUCUCUCUAA